ACUAACCGGAAAACGGAAACAUAAAGUCUGUCAGCGACGUUACCGGGACCGGAGCGGCGGAGGAGAAGUUUCACGUUCACAUUAAAACUGUUAACGGACACUUCUGACGUCAGAGCAGUUAGCUCACAAUGUGUAGCAGCAGCUGAAGCUAACCGCAGCUAACAGGCUUUAAAUGGCCGCGAAGAAGAACUGCAGGUGGAAACAGCCUGCAGAGCUGUAAAGGAUGCUCCAGGGGCCGUACGGCAGCCUGGACCGGGACCGGCCCCUGAUCCGGCUCCAGUUCACCGGCUUCGCUGUGGGGACGGUUCUGCUCCCUCUGACCGGCCUCAUCGGCUGCCUCUUCAUCGCGCUCGUGUACCACUACGAGGACGCCACGUACACACACUGCCACGUGUCCAACUACCUCCCGUCCAUCAGCGCCGCCAUCAGCCGCGUGCCGGAGCGCUACAUCUGGCGCUGCUGCAUCGGCCUGCACUCGGCGCCGCGCUACCUGGUGUCCGCCGCCUACUUCAGCUUCUACCGCAGCCGCUUCGCCAAGAGGCUGCCGGAGCUGCUGCUGAGCGGCCUCGUUCUCCUCUGCAGCCUCGCCGAGAACACCGGCCUGCUGCUGCUCACUUACGUGUCGUCCACCGAGACCUACAGUGUUCAUAAAAACGGUUUCAUCGUGUUCAUAGCGAGCUCGCUGCUGCACAUGCUCUUUACGUGCAGACUGUGGCAGGUGAUCAGGAGACACUACGUGAACCCAGAGGAAAUGACAUCAUAUCGUUGGAAGCUGCGUCUCUUCCUGUUUAACGUCAGCUGUUGUGCGGCCGCCGCGUACUUCUUCAGACGCCACAAUAAGUUCUGUGAGUCCGGAGUCUACACCCUGUUCGCCCUCUUCGAGUACCUGGUGGUCUUCUCCAACAUGGCCUUCCACAUGACGGCCUUCUGGGACUUCGGGAGCAAAGAGGUGCUCGUGGCCACGCCGCCGGAGGACAAGCGAUACUGAGCAGCACUCACUGGUAGACUUUGUAAAAGAAAAGGUGGAAGCUAACGCAGCGACGGGACCCGAGUGUGAACGUGAGAUCAUUUCAGCCUCACCUGUGACCUUCUGGAGCCACAACGUUCAAACGGUUCAGAAGGGUUUAAAGCAGGACAUUAUUCAUCCACACACUCUGAGAAAGUGUUUGUCUGCCAGAAACUUUUAGGAAAUAAAGAAAAUCUCUCUGAAAAGAA